AUGACGGCAUCAGAUCAUCUGCUCUCCGGCUUGCCCUACCAUAACCAAGGCAUCAAAGAGUCAAUGUUUGCCGCUACCAAGCCAUAUAGAACAUUGUGCUUUCCUGCCAGCAACAAAAUACUCUCUUUCAUCCUCGCACUGAUAUCUUGUGUCAGCUGGAUAUUUCCUCGUUCACUAAGACCAGCCAGCAACAAGAAACCACAUGAGGUGCACUCGACAGCCUAUCUCGAUGCCUUGAGAGGCUACGCUGCCUUCGUUGUAUACAACAGUCAUAUCAUUCCUGAAUCAUGGCGACCAGAAAAUGGUAUUUUGAGAAUCACUUUUCUCAAAAUCUGGUUCCAUGGGCAUGGAAUGGUCGACGUCUUCUUCGUCAUUUCUGGUUACGCUCUCAGCUAUCGGAUGCUCGGUUACAUCCAUACUAAACAACAUACCAAGUUUUUGGAUUCUCUUGCAUCUUCCACGUUCCGAAGAUAUCUCCGGCUGUUUGUUCCAACUGCAGUAGCAAGUUUUGUCUGUAUGAUCGUUCUCAGCACCGGACUGGCCGUCAAAGGAGAAGAUCCACAGGUUCUGCAGCCAACGUUUUGGGGUAAUCUGCAGUUCUGGAUCGCGGAUACGGUCCAGGCAAGCAGUCCGUUUCCUCACGUUGUUGGCUGGUGGUAUGGUGGGUGCUUUGGCACGAAGUAUUUACCACAGAUGUGGACAAUUCCUGUUGAAUUUCGGGGUAGUGUGAUUUUGUUCACGUUCUUGGCUGCGACAUGCACAAUGGCAACGAGGAUCAGGUUGUGUCUCACCUGUGUAUGUGCUGCCAUGUUCUUCUGGUGGGAAGCUCAGUGGGCGGGUGAGUUUCUCAUUGGCAUGUGGAUUGCAGAUCUCAAGAUGUGGAAGUCAAGGCAGCAGCAGGGUCAAACCACUUCACCUACGCCACUGCCGCUGACAAUGCCAUCAUCUAGCUCAAAAACGAUUGCCGAUAAUACUUCGACCGACGAGACUCCACAAGGUUCAGCAAGGUCGCCGUCGCCAACAGCAAUCACACCGACAAGAUCUACCACACUCAUCCAGCAAAUACCAUAUAUCAUCCUCUUCAUAUGCUCGCUCACACCUUUGACUGGCCCUAUGCUCAUUGGAACAGACUCCGAGUUUCCCUUCAAUCUGAUUGCUAUUUUCAUGCCACCGAACUAUGAUCAAGGCGCUCAUAUCCACUAUCCUCUGGCCAUAGGGGCUAUUAUGUUGGUGUACUCAUUGGACAACGCUCCUCUGCUACAAAAACCGCUUCUGCUGCCAGUCUCGCAAUUUGUUGGCGAGCUAUCGUUUGGCAUCUAUGCCAUGCACAACACCAUUCGAUGGAUCGUAUGGGAGAAGCUGUUUGUCAAGUGGGGAGAGGCUUACUGGGGGCCUGCGGCUCAUGAGUUUUGGCAUGUGCUUCCAGGAUACCUUGUGAUGACGGUAUUGAUAGUGUGGUCUGCAGAACUUUUCAGGAGGAUGGAUGUGCGGGUUGUUGCGUGGACAAGAGUAUUGCAGGAUAUGUGUUUCGAACGUGGUUGA